AUGAUUACCUCGCAGCAGCGGAAGCAGAUUCCGCUGCUGUCUUCCACUGCGGUGCAUCGCACGCCCACAUGCCCUGUAACCAUGGUUCGUACAAGUGAUAUAAAACGCAUUUUAUUCGAAGCUUUAACCCCAUUGAAUGUUAAUAGGCAUCAAGAAAUACUAUCGUCCCGGACAACGGGAAAGAAAAUCAUUGAAAAAAAUGAAGACAAGUUGUCUGAAACACAUGGCAAAUUGCCAUCGGAAGAUAUGUCAUCACUUAAGUCUACGCCUGACAAAGCGAAAUGGGGCAGACCAUUGGAAUUCAUAUUGGCUUGUCUAGGUUACGCGGUCGGAUUAGGAAACAUAUGGAGGUUUCCUUAUUUGGCGUAUAGGAAUGGCGGCGGUGCCUUCCUAAUACCAUUCUUUAUUAUGGUUGUUUUCAUUGGACUCCCAUUGUUUUUCUUGGAGUUAUACGUUGGACAAUACACUGGCUUAGGUCCGUUACAGGCAUUUAGUGCAAUUGGACCUUUCUUUAGCGGUCUAGGCUAUUGCACGCUGGUGGUGAUCAGUAUUAUAUCUAUAUAUUAUAUGCUCAUUGUUGCCUGGACCCUGUUCUAUGUGCUAGCAUCAAUAUUUGGUAAUUUGGACUGGGGAUCGUGUGAUAACGAUUUCAAUACAGACUUUUGUUACAGCGGCAGUUACGACAAAGAAUGUAGAAGUAGGAACUACACUGGAUCUGAUACGCAAACGUUUUAUAUGAGGACCUGCAUGAGUAUUGGUGAAAUAUGUACGAUGACCGGUUUCCAGCCGUAUGAUGAUAAGUACUGUUUGAAUGGAACCGAUCAAGUACCAUGGUAUUCUAACGCUACUAGAAUUCUCGCGGCUGAAGAAUAUUACAAUGAACGUGUGUUGGGCAGAGGAGACGCAACUUGGGAAAAUUGGGGAGAAAUACAGUGGCACUUAGUCGGUACACUUUUCUUAUCCUGGCUCAUAGCUUUCUUCUGUGUGAUUAAAGGAGUUCAAUCUGCGGGUAAAGUGGUAUAUUUCACUGCAAUAUUCCCAUACAUAAUGUUGACUAUUUUAUUGAUACGUGGAGCAACUUUGGAAGGUGCUGGCGAUGGGGUAUUGUUUUACUUGUCUCCCGAUUGGGAGAAUUUACUGGAUGUAACAGUUUGGGGAGACGCUGCUUCACAGGUUUUCUAUUCAUUCGGCGUGGCUUGUGGCUCCCUUGUUACACUGGCAUCGUACAAUAAAUUUCAAAACAAUUGUCACUUUGAUGCCGUUUUCGUCACGUUUACGGACUUUUUUACGUCCAUAUACGCCGGAUUUGCUAUAUUCACUGUCCUCGGGUACCAAGCUGUUCAAAUGGGCGUGAGUGUUGAUGAGGUUGCCGAACAAGGGCCAGGACUUGCGUUUGUUGCAUACCCGGAAGCAGUACUCCAAAUGCCUGUGCCCAGACUGUGGUCCAUUCUGUUCUUCUUUAUGUUAUUCGUCUUGGGCAUUGGCAGUCAGUUUGCUGGCAUCGAAGCUAUCAACACAGCUAUUGUAGAUCAGUGGCCACACUUUAGAAAAAAUUACUGGAGGGUGACUGCCUUCACGUGCUUGACGUGUUUUAUCCUCGGGCUGCCUAUGUGUUUUAGUGGUGGUGUUUAUUUAUUCACCCUACUUGAUUGGAACACGGCCUCGUGGGCUAUCCUCUUAAUUGGUGUAGCUGAGUGUCUCGCGGUGUCAUGGAGUUAUGGAGUCAACCGAGCUCUCAAGGACAUAUCAACUAUGAAGAUGAAACUGAAUAAAUUCCAGAGGGGUUACUGGAAAGCUGUUUGGAGCGUUGUUACACCAGCCGCUAGUCUGGCCAUCCUGAUAUUCAUCUUUAUAUACUGGUCCGCACCAGCAUAUGAAGACUACGUUUUUCCUCUAUUUGCGGAUCUGCUUGGCUGGGCUGUUGGUCUGUCAACACUAGUGCUGUUCCCAGUAGGUGUUUGCUGGGCACUAUACCAUGGAUAUCGUGGUAAGGAUCUUUUCAAACCAACACAAGCAUGGGGGCCUGCAGUUAGAACAGAGAUCAGAUCCGACUCCAUCAUGACAGUGGAUUCAGUACAAUCAGAUGGACCGUACGACAAUAUUGGACAUAUUAUGUGAUAGUUAAAGUUGUUUAUUGCACAGACUUUAAUUUUAUAAAAGUGAAAGAGUUAAACGCAGCAGACAAGUUAAUCAAACACUUAAGACAAGCGUUCGGAGAAAAAAUGGCGUAUAUGAUAUGCAAAGUAAAAAUACGAUCUAACUGGACUUGAAUUGUCUCUGAAAAUAUAAUGGCCCAUCCCACACAUUAUGUAUAGUGAAACAUACGUAUCCGUAUACACACGUAGCGCUAUAUAUGUAUGUAUAUAUGUAUAUACAAAGAUAGUUAUUGCGAAUAUUUCAAGCAUGGAUUACAGAAGUACGAAAAAGUAUCAUAUUUGUGAUUAAUUGUAAAAAAUAAUA